UUGCUCUAGAAAUAAGAAAAAAAACUAUUUGAAGCUGGGGGGCUGUCAAGAAGAAAGGCUUAUUGCAUAUAUGAUCAAGUCGGAAAUCAGUCCUCAACUCUGGAUUCAGACGCGGAUUGCUAACGAAAAGUACCUAAGAACCCACAAAGAAGUGGCGUUGCUCAUAAGUGGUUUUUUCAGAGAACUGUUUCUGAAAAGGCCAGACAAUAUCCGAGAAUUUGCUGCAGACUAUUUCACAGAUCCAAGACUUCCCAACAAGAUUCACAUGCAGCUAAUUAAGGAGAAGAAAGCAGCUUAAUUAGAAGAAUCAUGAUGCUCAGCUGUUGAGAGAGCCCAGAAAGAAUCCAGCCUGGGGGGCAUCUGGAAAUGAGAGAGUCCUGUUGUCAUCCGUGUGGGUUUCCAAGCUGCCUUGGGCUCUGUCUGCUUUGCAAAGGCUUUUAAAGAUACUCAUUAAAAACAGACC